CUGAAGUAAGACCUAAAAGCCAAAAUCGGAAUAGACAACAACGGGUAUGAAGAUUUCAUGGGACGACAUGGACUGACUGGGAGAAAGGAAGGAGAGUUCGGCAAAUUUAUGUGAAUUCCACAAAGUGAUCAUGAGUGCCAUUAUAUCCCCAACAAAUACACAGGACUACAUAGGUCUCAACGGAUCAUACUACACAGAACCAGAUCGAUCAUAUUUGCAUCAAUAAAAAAGUUAGAAGAUUCAUGGAAGAAGUGAGAACCACGAGAGAAGCAGACAUAGCUUCAGUUCACCACCAACUGUUUGUGGCGAGGAUGAAACUGAAGCUGAAGCAACACUACAUAACUGGAGAAACAUCACUAUGAACAUUUGAUAUAGCUUUCCUCCGAGACACUGACAGACUCGAUGAAUCGAAGAUCGCUCUCAACAAUAGGUUGCAAGCCUUACAAGAUCUACUGAAAGAAGAAGAAACUGCCAUGGAGAACAACUGGAGAGAGAUGAAAGAAGCACUGACUUCAACGUGUGAGUAGGUGCUGGAUGUCAAGAAUGAAUCUCUAUGGGAAGCGUGAUAAAGAUUCAAGAAACGAAUCUGAAGGAGGGAGCAAUUAACAACAAUCGAACGAGAACAGAGAAAGUCAAGGCACAAGCUGAAUACACAGAAGUAAACAAGUAAGUGGAGUGGAGCAUUAGUGAUGACAAGGAGAAAUGCAUUGAAGAUCUAGCAUCGUAACAAGCUGGUAGGAAAGGAAAUAUAUAUGAGAACUGAAUGAUACAAUGAGGAGGCGAGCAAGGUAAUAUGGUAAACCAGAGGGAACAAUCAAGGACAGAGGAGGCAAGCUAAUCACUGGGAUUGGAGAACAGCUUCCUUGAUUAUGACAAAGAGUUUAACAGUGUGGAUAGGAGAACCCUGUGGAUCGUUCUCCGAUACUGUAGUGUUAGUAGCCGAGAACAUCGCUAACAGCAUGAAGAUUUCAUACGACGGAAUACACUGCCAAGUCAUUUAUGGAGGACAGUUUGGAGACGCUUUCUGUUUAAUGACCGGAUUCGGACAAAACUGCCCAUUCUUCCCCUAUCUAUUUCUUCUGUUAGUCGUUUGGAUUAUGAAGUCCUCAAGAUCUGGGGCGAAUCAUGGAAUACAAUAGACAGCCCAGAUGCGACUAGACUACGUGGACUUUGCAGAUGACCUAUCUCUUCUAUUCCAUACACACAAAGAAAUACAUGUGAGGAUAGCCAGUGUAAUAGUAGCAUUUUCAGGAGUAGAUUUCAACAUACGCAAAGGAAGAAGUAACAUCCUCAAACCUUAACUCGGAGAACGCCAACUCGAUCACACUUGAUGGAGAAGCAUUGAAUGAGGUGGAAACGGUCUUAGAUGUUUUUCUAAUAUGAACAGACUGCGUUAGUAGAAUAAAAUUGAUAGCUGGAAUAUUUCUUUCCUGAAUAAUUCUGAAAACGACAGAAUUCGAUUUAUUUGGCAUUUUAAUGUCCAACACAUUCAUUCUGUCCACUAAGUAAAUGAGUCACGAUGCCUACCCAAAUGUUCAACGGAUAUGAUCUUUAUUAUUUUUUAACAGGUUUGUGUUUUCCUGUUGUUUCCGCUGAGUUUCAGUCAAAUCAUCAACAUUAAGAUGAAGAUACGUUGAAAUAACGUAACGGGAUUUCACUUCUAGCCAUUAUUCAAAAAUAUAAAGAAAAAAUUUAUUGACAUCAAACAACGUUAUAAGGAAACAAAACUCUGGUUUUGAACGAAGAUAUCAUAGAAGUAUGAAAAAAACAGUGGUGGAACCUGUAUAUCGUACAGUAUUUCUCUUAAAACAUAUAAAUUGAAUGUACUCGGGUAGCUUCAAUAUCAUUUAUUGAAAACGAUGCUAAUCAUUUGUAUAAUAACGGUAGAAACUGACCAAUUCACCUUAAGUCUCAACUCAUAAUGUUUCAUAAGUCUUUAUUUAUAGUAGCGAUUCGUAUCAUUGUAAUAAUAUAUGAUUGUGUUUUCCAAUACAAAAAUCGCUUUUAAUUGCUUAAAGUUAUCAGAAUUCAUAGAGCACACAAAGAAAAACGAAUCUACUGUAAAAGGACUGCUAGUCGACUUAUUAACUGCUGACAAUCUAUCACAAGUUCAAUAUUCAAUUCAGAGUAUACCAGUUAGACUGAAUGUUUCACUUACGGAUGUAGAAUAUUGUCUCAGUAUGCUUUUAACCAACAAUCAAAGCUUAUGUCUUUUUCAAUUCUCUUCUGAUAUUCUAAUGAACAUGGAAAAUAGUUCAUUAACCCUUGUAAAUAAUAAACAUACAUUGCCUUACAUAACUAGAUCAUUUACUCAACUCAAACCAGUAUUAAUUAUGAAAUGUUUCAAAAAUAAUUGUUCAAGUCAAUUAGAUUCAUCAUUUUUAAACGGAAUGUAUUUUUUAUAUACAUUCCAUUCAUCUAUUUGGUCAUUAAUUCUACUAUAUACAUUGACAACUGGUUCAUUGUUAUUUGUGUUCGAGUAUACAAGACCCUCAUGUGAGAAAUAUACAAAAAUUUCACCUUCAAAUGAACCAAGUUUAAAUUUAUGGGAUUCAUACGUGUACGUUAUUAUGGGAUUAUUCUUACAAUCCUCAUACAAAUUGCCUAAAUCAUGGGGCGGAAUAACAAUAACUUUAUUCUGGCAUGCAUUUUGUUUAAUAUGCAUUAUUGCCUAUGCAAUGGGUACAUCAGUGUUGAUUUUCAAACAGUAUACCGAUAAUGACUUGAAAUAUCAUCCUUAUUUAAACAAUCAGAACCAAGCAAUCUAUUGUGAUUUAAAUCCAAAUGUAUGUAAUUAUUUUGAAAAGAAGUUCUCUUUUCCAAUGAAAUUGGUAAACGGGAAACUUUCAUCAGAUGAGAUAAAUACAUCAGUGAUAAUAUUAACAGAUCAUAUUCAUGGUCAUUAUCUACAAUCAUUAAAACAUCGAAAUACUGAUUGGAAUUAUAUUAAGUUAGAUUGUAAUGAAGAUGAAAAAGAUAAUGGUGAGAUUGUUAAUGACAGUGGAAAUUUCCAAGAUAUGCCUCUAAUGGAAAUGGGAUUUUUAACAUUCAGUGAAAAAUCACUCUGGAAAAUGAAUGUAUACUUGAAAUACUUACAGGAUUCUGGAAGACUCUACAGCAUACAAUAUAAAAAUGAACAGGCAUUUGACUUUACAACUAAACUUCAAGUACAUAACAAUUUAUGCGUAACAAAAGAAGACAGAAAUUCAAAAAUUCCAAUACGUUUAAAACAAAUGAACGGACCAUUGUUAUUUAUGAUUAUCGGAGGCUUAUGUGCUGUUCUUAUGCAUAUAAGUGAAUAUAUUUAUUAUAUUGUUAUGAAUAGAUAAUUUUUCCAAAGAUUUAUUUCCUCUGGAGAAAUUAUUCCUUGAAUCAUUAAGAACUAAUUGGCACAUAAAUAAAUAAACCUUUAUCUAUUGGUAAUUGUGUUCAGUUUACGAUGGCUAGAAUUGAUUUACCAAUUAGUGGUGAUCAGUAAGAGCUUAAUUUGCAAAUGUAUUAUUAACACCUAUUUAUAUGAUUGAAUGCAAUAAUAUGAAUAAAUAUACUGUUUUAUUGA